GACAGUUCUCCGAGUCUCGCGCAGACCGCACGGUGCCUUUAAGACCGCUGAAGUCCAGCGAAAGUCUUGUCAGUCGGCGUGCCCAUCUUUGAGGUCCCGGGAUUGGCCGACUAAGCGGACUUGUUCGUGUGAGCGCCCCCCCCCGGAGACCGCGCUUCGCUCGCCACGUGAGUUGAACGGGAAACCAACAGGUGUCCGUGCCGGACGUGAGCCUCAAGCGCCAGCAAGGACCUCUUUCGUGUUGCUUCCCCCGUUGACGAUCGUGAGUUUGGUGUUUUGCGUCGGUGUUCCCUAUAGCUGUCCCACCCAAGAAUGCCUCGCGCGUUAGCGAUUUGCUGGAGGAAAUUGAACUGCGUAUAAGACAUGUCAAGUCUUUCAGCGUCAGUGUGAAGCAGUAUAGAAGUUUCUUCCGUGAGAACAGGCCAUUCGGUUGUGUGAGAAGUGCAUUUCUUCCGCAUCUUUUGAGGAUACACCGCUGACACACUUGUCCCCGGAUUGAUUGACCUCGGUGUUGUACGAAAAGUGUAAAGUACAAACAAUUUCAUCUAGGGAAGAAGCAGGAGCGUGAUUCUAAUGGUCACUUUGAACGUCUUAUGCUGUCAUAAAAAGCUUACGACGAUUCCUAAGGACAUAAUAUUGAAGAAUUUAGUGACGGUACAAGGGCUCAUGGCACACUGCAUCAAUGAAGCCAAGUAAAUGCGGGACCUGAAGUUACGUACGUGCAACGAUCGAUGUCGGGCUGCCUAUUAUUUUGCACACAUCAGCUCAAUUACUUCGCAUUCAGCCACGGACCGCUUUUGUGCUCGGUAGCAGCGUGCUCAGUAGCAGUAGCUUCUUUUAUUUCUUUGUUCUGAGUGAACACUUCAGUUGAGCCCACGUGAAAGUUAAGGGGUUCGGUACGUGCGGGAGUUAAUUUUUUCCCCACAGUAAACCUUAGCCUGUCUCCACUGCGAAAGAAAAGAUCAUUUUUGAUAAGUUCUCACGCUUUGAUUUGCGUAUUGUGCUGUUUUGACCACUAUAUUUGUUAAAUGAAAUGCUCUGUUUUACAUGUUUUUACACAGGCAGCACAUUCUAUGGUGUAACCUGCUAUUGGUCAUUGUGCAUUCGUAAAAAGGAAUUUUAAUUGUUUCAUAACUGUCAAUCUUUUCUGUGCAUAUUUUUAUGGUUUAAGUUUUCAGUGGUUUUUUGUCUUUCACGGUGUACGUGAAAGCAUCUAGGUUUCGCGCUGGCGUUCAAACAUUUCGAGAGCUCAUUUCUCGCUACUUUCUAUACUGUACGCGAAUAUUGAACGAAAAAGAAAACUAUUCGAAUAUAUUAGAGCACACACUCCACUGAAAUCUUCUACAGUUGCAUCUUAGCUGACCGCAUAAGCUUAUGACACAAGAAAAUCAAAGAAGAAAAAAAAAAGCAUGAGCGCUUAGAUCACAAGUAGCAAACCCUUUCACUAGGUCAGUGAUUUAACUCCGCGAUCAAGAUACACAAAGAUGCAACUGUUGGAUUUUUUGUUCAUUUUACGCGCUGUAAAAAGUUAAGCCACCGUCGCAGACGUCUGCAUAGGCAAACAGCCUAAGCUAAGGUCCCGCAAGUUUAACAGUGAAUAUUUCUCAAUUGGUUUUGUUUUGAAUAAGGCUGGGGCACUUUUGCAGUAUUAGAAUCGCACGUGAUGAGCUGCGCCAAUUGAUCAUGGUGAUACUAAGAAGUGCUUAAUAGUAAGCACCCGCUGGCGCCCAUAGAACGCGGGAAGUUCAAAAGAAAACAGAAAAGGCUAAGUGGGACAACAUCGAUGGCAAUUGCGACGCUCGUAGCAUUCAUUACAUUAAUAGCCGGCAAUAAGGGUACCCGAGUGUAAGAGAAAAAAAAUGAAAGUGGUAGGAAAUGAUAAGCGGAACAAGGCAGAGAGGUUCGUGAAAUCACAGCUAAUAACGCGCUGCGUGAGAAAAGUGUAUACCUCGUAAUUCAUAUUUCGCCACCGCACUGUCGAAAUGGACGCUCCGUGGGGACAUUUAACGAUGCGAGUUCCCGCGGUGCCCCUGCUGGACCCAGAAAGUGUCGACUUUCUCUCGAGACUCGUGAACAGCUCUUGGGCCAACGUGGACAAGUCGAACUUGACGGACGCAUUGCUGGAGUCACUGAACCAGUCCUCGGCGGCGUCGACCACGCGCGCGACUGUCGUCGACGUGCGCAGCGAGCGCCAGUGGGUGCUGCCGUGGUGGACACAGCUGGUGUACGCCUGCCUGUUCGGGUUCAUGGUCGCCACGGCAGUGGUGGGCAACGCCGCGGUGAUCUGGAUCGUGCUUGCACACCGGACCAUGCGCACCGUCACCAACUAUUUCCUCCUCAACCUCUCCGCAGCCGACACCAUGACGGCCACGUUCAACGCCGUCUUCAACCUGGUCUACAUGCUCGAGAGCCACUGGGCCUUCGGCGAAGGGUACUGCGUAUUCAGCAACUUCGUGGCCAACUUGACCGUAUCGUCUUCGGCCUUCACCAUGGCAGCUAUGAGCAUCGACAGGUACUUCGCUAUCGUGCAUCCGCUGUGCGGUCGCUUGUCCCGGUGGCGUUCGGUGACCAUCAUCGGGGCGCUCUGGGGCUGCUCGGCGCUCCUUUCUCUGCCACCGCUGCUGUACUCGCGCACGCUCUCGUACCGCUACGCCGACGGCAGCGUGCGCACAGUGUGCAUCCUCGUCUGGCCCGACGGUCCGCCGUACGCAUCCUACGACGACUACAUAUACAAUGUGCUGUUCCUGGUCCUGACAUACGGCGUUCCCGUGACCACGCUGGCUCUCACGUACUGGCGCAUGAGUUUGGUGCUCUGGGGCGAGCAGUGCAUCGGCGAGUUUACGCGGCAGCAGGAGAACGCCCACCGCAGCAAGCAGAAGGUGGUGAAGAUGCUGUUCACCGUGGUGCUCCUGUUCGCCGUGUGCUGGCUGCCGUACCACGCGUACUUCCUGUACGUGUCGCACAACCCCCACGUGGCCUACCUGGACCACAUCCAGCACGUGUACCUGGCAAUGUACUGGCUCGCCAUGUCGCACGCCAUGUGCAACCCCAUCAUCUACUACUGCAUGAACAAGAGGUUCAAGGCCUACUUUCGCGCCUUCUUGUGCGGCUCCUGUUCCUCCAAGCCCACCAGGGAAAAUGAGCGGAGCGACAGGUCGGUCCGCCUGAGGACGUUGCGCUGCGGUUCCGCAAAGUGGACACAGAGCUUUACCCUGAAGAGCGGCCUGAAAUGCUCAUCGCCCACUGAGAAGGGUGAAAGACGUCGCUCCUGUAGAGCACCGCCACUCGUAGCUGCGGACGAUGGUCGCGGCUGACAUCGGCGUGAAGCAGGCUGCUGUACUGACGUACGACUGCAGGCUACUUGUUCCGGAGCCAAUUUUCUGCCUGUGCUCACCGCACCGACCCGCACUGAACAGCUCAAGUCCGCCUUGUAGCCACUGACGACGGUGAAUAAAGAAAACGGUAAAGACAGGCGUUGAAGAAGACGUUCACGAGAAAUUCGUAAAUAAGUCUGAUCUUUAGCGAGAAAUGUAGCAUCAUGCAAACCUCCCAAAGGACAGAAAGAGAGAGAGAGCAAUCGAGUAUAACCACAGCGGUUGAUGGGUUGAUGAUUAUUAAAGUUUGCGCUCACGGGAAAAUGAGCCACUGAAGGAUGAGCUGUCUCAAGCAUAAAAAAUAAUGCCCGGGAUAAACAAAUGUAAAGAACACGAAAAAAAAAAAGAUAUAGGGAGGAAGGGAAAAUAUUGCACCAACAAAGCUUCACAUAUAUCAGGUAUAGCCUGCUAUACUAUUCUAUAUAUAUAGUCAAAGCCCAAUAUAUUGUCAGUCAUAUUACACGAGAAACAAGACGUAAAGAACCUUGCACAUGGCAUAGAAUAAACCACAGCCAUACGAAUAGCAUACGUAAAGCAUUCGCAGCACAUUCAACCAAGCAAAACCGAAAACAGUGGUGCCCUAGUUCGAAUUGUUUUCAGAGUUCAGCCACCCCCGCUCCCCCCUUCACGAAAUUUGGAAACCAUUCUUGACAUUUAUUUCAGGCGCAGUUGACAAUAGAUGUUGAUAACGACACGUGACAAUGUCCAAUAACAAUGUUCAAGAGCUCAACGUCUUGUAAAGCAGUGAUUUCGCCUUGUUGGUAAGACAUCGUGAGGCUUAUAGCGCGUUAAAAAGACAGGGACGAAAGUGAGACGUGACACACACAGGCGCUAACUUGCAACAAUCUUUAUUUCGAGCAAGGGACCCAUACAUAUAUACAACUUUUUCGCGUACAUCCUACAGGCGCUGUUUGCAAAAAAAAAAAAAAAAACAACCUUACACACUAUUGCGCAGGUACGAUAACUCUUUGCGGGAAAGGGCUAUUGAUGGUUUAGACACACAGUUAUCGCCAAGCCUAUCAAUGAUUUCUGCUUCUAUAAUUUCGCGAGUUAUCCUACCUCGGGCUUUUCCCACAAUGGAGCAGUCUCUGUAUGCUGGAGCACACGUCGAGUGGUCACCAUCAUCCACCCCGGCGACAGUGUAGCUGCAAUGCCUGCAGUGGGCGUCAAGGAACCUACCCCGCUUUUCUGCUACAUUGUACCGGUGUUCCUUUAAACGCUCGUUGAGGCACCUUCUGCUUUGCCCCAUGUAGUUCUUCCCACACUUUAAAGGAAGGUUGUAAACAACUUCUUCCACACAUUCAACAAACGGUUCCUGGUGUUUCUUUUUGCACGUGCGCUUAUCAGAGAGGCCUGGUCUGGUUAGUCUGCACAGGCAUUGCAGUUUUGUGGAAGCUGAAAACACAACCCUAAACCCUAACAUUCGCACGUUGGCCUAUUUUCUUUAAACGGUGCGAUAAGCCGCGGAUAUAUGUGAUGACAGCAACGCUCCUCUUAUCUACACAAGGCACGCUGGCGGGAUUAUUUGAUAUCUUCGACUUGAGCAGACCCUCAGCAACGCUAAUAAGUACAUGUGUAGGGUAACCUGCCAAUCGAAGACGGAGGAUCUGAUCCUUGAUGCUUUCGGUCAUCAGCUCCGGGCAUGACUUACAUAAUGCGUUUGACAAGCAUGUCUUUGUGAUUCCCCUCUUAACCAACUUAGAGUGCGCCGACUGAUAUGGGAGCA